AGUUCACGUGUUAUGUUUUGUAAAUAUAUUCAGUUAAGCUUAAGUCACUGUUAGUUUUAUUUUUGUUAUUUAGAUUAUAUACAAAUCUUUUUGAAGCACGGUUUUGAUUUAGAUAGAAUUAGGGCAAAUAUAAAUUGAUAAAACAUUUGACAAAAUGUUGCAAUGUUAUGGUUUGUAAUAAAUUAUGCCAGGAGUUGUCAUGACUGACAAUGAUACGCUUGAAGAAUUUCGAGAUGCAGUUAAUACCCAGGAUACUCACAAAAGACUUAAAGUUGCGGAGGACCUAUCAACAUAUUUACAAGAUAGAUCGAACACCAUAAGUGGAGGUGUGGUUGGGCAGAUAGCUGACGGCUUAGUUCCAUGGAUUGCAAGCAGCAACUUCAAGGUUUCCUGCCAGGGUUUGGAGUUAAUGGGAUUGAUUGCAGAACGAAUGGGACAGUCAUUUAAACCCCAUAUCACUGGAAUAAUUUCACCUGUGGUUGAUCGGCUGGGAGAUUCAAAACAAGUUGUCCGUGACCAAGCUUUAAAUCUAAUUUUUAAAUUGAUCAGUCCUGUGUCAUCACCUCAAUUUGUGUUUGAUUUACUUGGUCAGAGUUUUAAUCAUAAAAACUGGCGUGUUCGGGAAGUUUUGAUGAUAUGUUUAACCAAAACAAUUAACAGGUUUACAGCGUCAAGUAUUCAAAUUAACAAAAUCACACCACAUCUUGUGAAACUUCUAAGUGAUCCUACAGGCCAGGUUCGUGAUACAGCUGUUAACACAAUCGUUGAGAUAUAUCGUCAUGUUGGAGAAAGAUUCAGAACAGAUUUAACCAAAAAAUAUUCUUCUGAUUCAAAGUUGAACAGCAUUUUAUCAAAGUUUGAUCAAGUACAGAAGUCUGGAAAUAUGGUUGCUAAUUCACAAACUGACGGAGCUUAUGUUUCGCCAGAGAGGAAGAAGUCUACGAAGGGUACAUCAGUUCGAAGAAGUACGAGUUUCAGUGCUGGUGACAAGAAAAAGAAUCAUGCAGUGCUUGAAAGAGGAAUCAGCUCAGGUGCAGUUGAUGAAACAGAUUUCAUGUCAGCUUGGGAAGAAGUUCAAGAGGCCAGGAUUUUUUCUGUUCGAGAUUUUCCCCAUGAGUUAGAUAAAAUAAACGAAAUCUUGUCAAACGCAAAUGCUGAUUGGGAAAAGCGUGUUGAAGCAUUGCGGCAAUUGCGUUCUCUAAUAAAGAUUUCAUAUCAGAUUGACAACUUUCCAAAGUUGAUUAAAGAUUUAGAAGGAGCUCUGAAAGUUUCUGUAAAAGAUUUACGUUCCACAGUUGUACGGGAAGCCUGUAUUACUUUGAGCUACCUGUCAUCAACGAUGGAGAAUAAAUUUGAUUACUUAGCUGAAUGUAUGGUCCAACCUCUGAUUAAUUUAAUACCAAAUAGUGCAAAAAUAAUGUCAACAUCAGGGCAUGCUGCUAUUCGCUUGAUCAUUAAACAUACUGCAAGUCCACGUUUAAUACCAGUAAUUGUUAGCAGCCUACUAACAUCAAAGUCAAAAGAUAUUAGAAGGCGCUGUGCAGAGUAUAUGGGCUUGUUACUAGAAGUGUGGGACACAUCAGUAUUGAAAAGUCAUGUGGCAUUACUUGAAGAAGCCAUUCGGAAAGGAAUAUCAGAUGCUGAUUCUGAAGCAAGAGCUGCUGUGCGUAGGGCGUACUGGCAUUUUGCUGAUCACUAUAAAAUACGAGCAGAUGCCUUGAUGGAGAAGCUCGAUUCAUCCAAACAGAAGCUUUUACAAAGUGAUAAAAAUUUGAUCAAUGCUGGUGUAAGUAGACCCGCAUCGUCUACUGGCUAUGGAAGAAUUAAAUCAACAUCGUCUAAACCCAGCAGAACGAUGAGCUCAAGUGAUGCUAAAAGUAGCAAGAAACCUACUCGAAACGGAGUGAUGGGUCCUCCUGCUGUACCUCCAAUGCAAAGAUCUUCAAGCCAGCUGGAUUAUAAACGUGUAAUGCCUGGAAUGAGUCCACGACAAAAGUCGUGUGAUGAUAUGAAACGACACACCAUACGCGCUCAAGUAAGAGAAGGUAGAUCAAGAUAUGCACAAAGAUCAGCAACUUCACAGCCGUCGAGUCGGGCAGGUUCACCAAAGCGCUUGAUGCCAACAUUCAGUCGUGAGAGAUCUGAAGAUUAUAUGAAGACAUAUUCUCCCCAAAAAACAAGAAUACCAACACCAGCUAAAAAUUCAUCUCGCCCAUCAUCCCGAUCAAGUUCUCGCCAAACCAGUCGUGAUCCAAGUCCAGUUCGUUCACAAAUGCCAGGACAGUAUGAGAUGCGGUAUCGCAACGGAAGCUCGUCGACAGCAGGUGUAACAGAAGAUGCAUUGUGGGAUGCAUUGAAACGCAACAAAGUUCAUCGACGGGACCGCCACAAUUCACAAAGCUCAGUAAACGGCCCUGGGAGUGAUGAAAGCGAUACUUCAAGUAUACUAUCACAUGAUUCAAACACCAAAAAGAAUAUAUCACAAAAUUAUCCGGAAAUCUUAUCACUGUUACAGCAAGAUUCAACAAAUUCGAAACGAGAUGGUCUACAUUCGCUACUUACGUACCUACAUGGGAUGCGUUCGCUUAGCUCCGACGAAGUCAUCAGAAUAAAAGAAACCUUCAACAGAUAUUUUGCCGAACCGAAUUCAAAAAUCUACAGUUUAUUUUUGGACGUGCUAAGCGAGUUCAUCGUUCAAUGCAAGAAUGACUUACAAGACUGGCUGUUUGUUCUCUUGACUCGAUUACUUCAACGACUUUCUACUGAUAUUUUGACGUCGACACAGGCGAAAAUAGCACGUGUGUUGGAUGUCGUGAGGGAUUCUUAUCCGUACGACCACCAGUUUCAAAUCAUCACAAAGUAUGUGACAGAUAACACGCAGACGCCAAGCUUGAAAAUGAAAGUCUCUUUGUUGCAGUAUCUCACAGGCCUUGUCGCGCUUAUGGACGCGAGUGAUUUUACUAACACUGCGCCAAUUCGACUAGCUGUGUCGCGUAUCGUGACGUGGAUAUCUGAACCUAAAAGUCCUGACGUUAGAAAGGAAGCAUCAGCUGUCAUCGUGGCUUUGUUUCAAUUAAACACGCCAGAAUUUACUAUGAUGCUUUCAAAUGUGCCCAACUCUAUACAGGAGGGAGCGACGCGUGUCAUCAAACUUCACAUGAAACAGGAGCAGCAACAAACUCCAACUAACGGGACAGGAUACAACCGGGAGGCUGGAUAUUAUACAGCUCCAAAUCGGAGAGAUCAUCCAGAGAAACCUGUUUAUAGAAACUCGUCGUCAGUGAAGCAAAACACGAGAAGUUAUAUGACGAGAGAGGAGUAUUCGCCUGCUUCUUACAGUUCUCCUGCAGCAAGAAUACCCUCAAGGCACGACUCGCAUGAUGGACCGGAAUCUGGGGAUUUACAUUCUAGAAUACCGGUUCCCCAUAAAUUGUCAUUUCCAAACGAUGACAGCGCGUCAAGUCCGUUGUAUGCGGAUCGACCACCUUCGCAUUCAUCAACACCUUUUAGUUAUGCAACCCACGUGACACAGGAAGACUCCCCAAUGUGGCUGUCAUCGUUCGAUAAACCGCGCUAUGAGACGUCACUGGUAUCGCCUGGAGUCAGUAGGGUGGGAGAUGGUGCAGAACAGGCUGAUAUCGAAGAGCACAGCAAUUCCAUGGAUCUUGUCAAUCAGAUUUCCACUGUUUUAUCUGGUCCCUCUAACUCAAGUGAUUCCGAAGACAUUAAAAGUGCUUUACUUGAACUAUUGAAGAUGAUUCGGUCAGGAAAUAAAGAAAUUAUUGGUCAUAAGUUGAAGUCACUUUUACCUGUUGUCUUGCAGCUUUUAAGACACAAAGAGGCUACUAUUCGUUGCCUGGCAGCUAGAUCGCUUCGCGAAGUGGCUUCAUCUCAACCAGACUUGUACCGUCGUGAUAUCAAAUCAUUUGUCUUACCGCUUCUUGAAACCGAGGCUGAUAGUCAAAAGGAGGUUUCCAAAACCGCAGAGGAGUGUUGUACAAUGGUCAGUCAAACGCUACCAGCAAUGGAGUUGUUGCCUGUUCUUGCUACAUUGGUUGGUACUGCACAAUUCCCCACUAAUGUAUCUGCUAUAAAAAUGUUGAACGUGGUGACUGAACACUGCGAUAGUGCUAGCAUGAAUUUCCAUCUUGAAGCUGUUGUUUUCAAUCUGUUAAAGGCGUAUGACCACGAAGAAAGUAGUGCUCGGAAAGCUGCAGUGUUUUGCUUAGUUGCUGUACAUAAUUUGGCGGGCGCUGAUUCUGUAAUGCCCUUCUUCAGAGAUCUGGCUGGUUCAAAGAUGAAGCUGCUAAACCUGUACAUUCGUCGUUCUCAAUCUUCUGGUGUGUAAAUUCCAACAGGUGAGAGUGCUGCUGAAAGGCUUGAAAAUCACGUGAUGGUUACGCCAUUGUCUAGAUAUAGAAUUUAUGCGUGGAACGAAGAGUUGUCGCAAAAGGAUGCGGGAAGAGAAAUAGCUUCAACUCGAUGUGUAUAGUAUUGUAAAAAUUAAUUCCUGGUUUAACGCACUAAAUAAGAAUCUACUGUGAUCAAACUCCAGUUAUCAAUUUAAAGUUUGUGAAAGCGCCGGUUGGAGUUGAGAAUCUUAUAGUUGAUAUUUCAUUUUUAUCGUCGAACUUCUGGCAAGUCGAAAAUAAAAAAACUUCAGCUGACGUUGAAAAGCACUUUCAGUGUUGCUAUCUUGGUCACAUACACGAAACAUACGCGCUUAUGACAGCCUACUAAAAAUGCUUGCUGGCGUUAAGCAGCGGAGAUUUUAUUUUAAAUACUGAGCAUCAUGGUGAUAACGAAAAUAUAUGCAAACUUUUUUAUUUUAUAUUUUACUAAUAUUUUAUUCUUAUUUAUUCUUUUGCUUUCCAUUAAUUAUGUUAUGUUGAAAUAGUUUUAUUUUGACCUGUUAUUUUUGUUUCAAACAUCUUUGUCAUGACUUUAUUAUUAAAAAAGUAAAAUUAUUUCAUUUCUAAACUGAUACUCGAGGUAAUGUUUCACUGAACAACUUUCCACGAGCAGUUAAGCUCUGAGAUUUAUGUUGCAUCAGGUUAUAUUCGGCAGAUUUUUCUUUUUUUUUUUUUUGUUUUCACAUUAUAAAUUAUGUAUAAAUUGUUUUAAUUCGUAGCUUAGACGGGUAUACUAA